AUGUCUCGGUUUGGAUCAGUAUCAAACAGAAUCCAUGUCAGAGCCUUCUCUAAGUCAAUUACAAAACAGCCACCACUUCCUUCUUCAAUUCUUUCCGACAAGUACGCUUCUGUCUUGGACAGUUGCUCUGAUGCUUUGUCACUUAAAAAACUCCACGCUCGUACUCUUGCUCUUGGCCUCACCAACCAUACUUUUCUGGCCUCUAAACUUCUUACUUGCUAUGCAAGAUUGAAUCUUUUGCCAGAAUCUAGAUGGGUUUUCAAUACAAUUGUCAAUGCAAAUCUGUAUCUUUGGAACUCAAUCCUUGUUGGGUAUUACAGAGCUGGCCAAUUCAACCAAUUCCUGAGGCGGUACGUUCAUUUGAAGCAAUGCGGCAUUGGGUUGGAUAGUGCGGCCAUUACUUUUGGUUGUAAGAGCUGCAUUGAGUUGAAUAAUGUGGAAUUGGGUAGAGGAAUUCAUGCAGAUGCAGUCAAGUUUGGGUUGAGUGGAAAUGGGUUUGUGGGUUCAUCGUUUAUUGGGUUCUACUGUGGAUGUGGGGAUGUGGGGGAUGCUUAUAAGGUGUUUGAUGAAAUUACUGACCCGGAUGUUGUUGUGUAUACUUCGAUUAUUACAGGGUUCGCUCACAUUGGCGAUUUUCGGGCUUAUGGUGCUUUUGAGAUCACUAGUCGAAUGCAGAGACAUGGUCUAAAUCCUAAUAAGGUCACCCUGGUGAGCUUACUUCAGGCCGCUUCACAGUUGGAGACACUCAAAGAAGGUCGUUCGGUCCAUGGCUAUGCUAUUAGAAGAGGCAUUGGUGGUUUUGAUGAAGUAUUUGAAACAAGUCUUAUGGACAUGUAUAACAAGUGUGGGGCAGCUAAAAUGGCGGCCUGCAUUUUUGGCCUAAUGAAUUACAAGACAAUUGGUCUAUGGAAUGUGAUGAUCACAGGUUAUUUAAAAUCACAGCAGUACUUGGAAGCUUACCGGCUUUUUUGUCAAGUUAUGCAAGAAAAAUAUGUCCCGGAUUUGAUAACUUUUUCCAAUGGGAUUUUGUGUUGUGCUCACUUAAGUCAUUUGCGUGAGGGAAAGAGUAUCCAUGGUCAUUUGAUUCGAGCUGGUGUUGAACUUGAUCUAGUAGCAACCACUUCACUGGUUGAUUUGUACUCCAAAUGCCAGAAGUUGAUCCCAGCCAGGGCAUUAUUUGAUCGAAUGGAGAAAAGGGAUGCUAUUUUUUACGAUGUGAUGAUGGCUGGUUAUCUGCACAAUAAUUUUGCUAAUGAGGUUAUGGACAUCUUUCUGGAAAUGGUUGGAGAGGGGAUCAAACCAAAUCUUGGUUCCAUUUUGAGUGUACUUUCUGCAACUUCGGAACUAAAAAGCAUUAGAAAAGGCAAGUGCAUCCAUGGGUAUCUAUACAGAUAUGGAUUAGAUAUGAAUGUUGAAAUUGCCAAUCAGACCAUCUACAUGUACUCAAAAUGUGGUUGUAUAUCCUGCGCGAGGCAAAUCUUCAACAAAUUGAGAUAUAGAGACCUGAUCUCAUGGACUUCAAUGAUGAUGGGUUAUGUUCAUCAUGGACAUGCUGAUGAAGCUAUUUUAUUGUUCCGGUUAAUGCAAAGGGAGCAUAUCGAAGAUGAUACAGUUGCACUGUUAACUUUGCUUCAGGCACUUUGUCAGCUUGGAUGUUUGAAUUUAGUGAAGGAAGUCCACUGUCACUUAUAUAGAGUUAAGGUAGACAGUGAGAUACCUCUCACCAAUUGUUUGAUUACUACUUAUUCUAAGUGUGGGAAGUUAAAUAUGGCUGCAAAUAUAUUUGAUCAUGCAGUUAUUCGGUGUCCUACAUCAUGGAAUGCAAUGAUACUUGCAUAUGGGAUGCAUGGAAAAUGUACGGAGGCCCUCAUGGUAUUUGAACAGAUGAAAAGUGAGAAUGUUGAGCCUGAUGAGGUUACCUUUACAUCAAUACUAACUGCUUGUAGUCAUUCUGGCAUGGUAAAUGAGGGGCUGCAAGUCUUCAAGUUGAUGGUUGAGAAGUUUUCUAUCAUCCCCUGUGAAGAGCACUAUGGUUGCAUUGUAGAUUUAUUAAGCCGAGCAGGAUUGCUUGAAGAAGCAUAUAAUCUGGUUAAAUCCCUGCCUUCAAGGUUUCAUGGUUCUACACUAGCAUCCUUGCUUGCUGCUUGUAAGUUACAUGGAUAUACAGAGAUGGGGGAGGAUUUAGGAAGACGUCUCUUGGCUUUAGAACCCAAGAAUUCUAGUGCUUUCGCUAUGGUUUCAGGUUUAUAUGCAGAAGGUGGAAAGUGGGGUGAAGUAGUGAGAAUAAGAGAAACAGGAAAAGGGAGAGGUUUAAAAGGAACUCCAGGGUAUAGUCUGAUACAAGUAGAUUAAGGUGGAAAGUGCUGUAAAAUAGUCAGAAUAAGAGCCACAAAAAAGGGAGAGGUUUAAGAAGAACUCCAGAGUCUAAUACAGGUGAAAACCCCUCGGAUUCACUUGCUUAUCUCCAGGCAAAAGGUAUAUAGGGUGUUCAGCCUGUGUAGAUAGUGGAGCGACUUUACGGUGACAAAUCUGAUUUAGGGCGAGGCAACAUAUAUAACCAAAUCCGUGAAUCCAUGAGAGUUAAGAUGAUAUAGCCCUCAUUCUGUUAUGUUGAAGAGUGCCUAGUACAUAAAAGUACUGUAAGUCCUUUACUUAUGAACCAAUUCGGUGAUCUCAAAGAGCCAGAAACUGAUUACAGAUUGUUGAUUCAGAAGAUGUCUGAGUGUCCCUAGUAGCAUUGAAAUGUUUAAAUUUCUCUGACUAGAGAGUUGAGAUACCAAGUUUGAUGUGGGCAUACUGGCGAUACCGAAAACAUACUUUCAAGUGGGAAUAGUGACAGUCGCAGGAACUACCUUGCGCACAAUGAUUCUGUUCACUCCUCAAGGUUGGCCUCUUCUCAAUCUUCUGCCUGGUUGGUUUUUCAUCGGUUCUGGAACCGCCGACCACUGGAUGCAAAUUUUCUU